AUGGGCCUCAUACCAAUCCGCAACAAACUAAGAACUGGGUCUCUAGGAAACCUCAUCUCCAGUCUCCGCAAGGACGAUCCCCGACUACUUCGAAUUCCCCCGUAUUUGUCGCUGCUCUGUAUGCUCGUUGGCAUUGCAUGGAUCCUACCCUUACCGUUGCAAGAAUACUCUCGGCAGACUUACAUCUCAGAAAACGCGCUUCUUCCUGGCCAGGUCCACACUUACUUCGGCGGUAGCGAACAGAAUGUUUUUCGAGCGUAUCGACAGGAGUUGGCUACGGUCCUGAGAGAUGCCUCGAUAUCUACCGGCAACGAGACGCUGAGAAGAGCCGAGCAGAGAACCUGGGAGAAUAGGAUAAGUGACAAGAUUGAAGAACUCUUUCAGAAUGCUGGCUUGAAGACCGCACGGCAACGGUACUCUUACAUCUCGUCGGGUCAACUUUACGCAGGCGAGAACGUCUAUGCCGUUCUGCACGCCCCUCGCGGAGAUGGAACCGAAGCAAUCGUACUUGUUGCACCGCUCAAGAACAUCGACGACUUCCCAAACAUCAAUGGCGUGCCGCUCCUCAUUUCCCUGUCGCGUUAUUUCAAGCGCUGGUCACUCUGGUCGAAGGACAUUAUAUUUCUGGUCACUCCGGACAGUGCUGCAGGGCCUCAAGCAUGGAUUGAUGCGUACCAUUCCACCCAUGAUCCAUACAAGGUGCAAGACCUGUCGUUGAAAUCCGGUGCACUUCAGGCCGCCGUUUGCAUCGAUUAUCCCUUUGAACAUCCCUUCGAGAACCUUCACGUUGCAUACGAUGGUAUCAACGGCGCACUCCCUAAUCUCGAUCUCUUCAACACCGCCGUGUCUAUUGCAUCGGGCCAGAUGGGUAUUAGCACGUCUAUCCAAUUUCAGCACACCUACAGCAAGCAUGAGCAAUACAGUUCCUACCCUGUGCGCCUUCAAACACUCAUCCGCGGAAUGUCUUCUCAAGCCCUCGGCCACGCAACCGGUCCCCAUUCCACCUUCAUGACUUACCAUAUCGAUGCUAUCACCUUGACAGCAACGAAAGAAGGCUGGCAGGAUGAGAUGGCGUUUGGAAGGACCAUUGAAAGCAUUUGCCGAAGUCUCAAUAAUCUGCUCGAGAAACUGCACCAGAGCUUCUUCUUCUAUCUAUUGAUGCAGUCAAAUCGGUUCGUCAGCAUUGGCACUUAUCUUCCAGGUGCCAUGAUCAUGGCUGCUGCCUAUACGAUUAUGGCAAUCUAUCUUUGGAUAUUGAGUGGUUACCACGUCUCCGAGAAAGAAGUAGGCCCGGCGGUUGGCAAGGUGGAAAAUGGGCCAACAGAGAAGACUGGCGUUUCGAAACAGCAAAUGCCUUUGUCGAAAGGGUCCAUGUCAAAGAUCGAAUUCAAACCUGUCGACAGGCAGCUCGUCCUCCCAAUUGCCCUCAUAACAGCGCUACACUUAGCGUCUCUCAUCCCGCUGUACCUCCUUACUUCAUUAAACCUCAAAGCCAUGUCCUCGACAUUUUUCCUCAUAACAAUUGCUCUUCUUGUGCUCCCAAUAGUUCUGGCAUCAGCACUUGCGGAAAUGCCAAACAACACCACGUUACCUACCCUUUCUGCGCCCACGCACGAACAAUACGUUCUAAUCAAAUCACUAAGCCUUUUAUUACUUGGCCUCUUCCUGACAGUCCUAGCGACACUGAAUUUCAGUCUCAGCAUGUUUCUUGGUAUUGUUUGCAUACCGUUGGCCUUUGGGGGCAGAACUCGCUCCAGGCCAGGACUGGGAUUACUUCAAUAUCUGAUACUUGUCAUCAUGAGCCCAAUGGGCUUAGCAACAGGAUUGGGCACAUAUGGCGUCUUUGCCUUGGGACGAGAUGAUGUUCUCGUCGAGUGGCUACAACGGCUUGCUCUAGGUUGGAAUAUCUGGGGUAGUUGGGGGGUUCCCGUUGGCGUCAUGUGUAUUUGGCUACCAGCAUGGGUUGUGGGUGCGACUUUGGUGGCCAGCUCUUGGUUCACAACAACGGAGACGGCCAAAAAGUCCGCAAGACAUUAG